AUGGGCAGGGACAAGUGGUCAUUGCUUAGCCGCUUAAGGAGGGCAAUCAAGAAGGUAAAGAUCAUACUAAAUCUUGAUGUGAGUCGUUGGCGUCUGGCUUCUAUGAUUGGUGCUGCAUCCCCGAGGAGACACCAGCUUAGCUUUAAUGAUAGACCAGGGUUAAGGGGCUUUGAAGAUAUUGAUGAUGAAGAAUCAGAAGACCCGGGUUCUUCAAAGGGGCUACAUAGAACCAUCAGCUAUCAAUCAGAAGAUGAUAUUGAUAAGAGAGCCGAAAUGUUCAUUGAAAAUUUCCGUCGCCAACUUCAGAUUGAGAGGCAGGUUUCCUUGGAGCUCAAGUAUUUCCAAGGUUUAACUAGCUUCAAAUCGAUUUCUCCAUGA